CCCUAAUAACCUUGAUACCUGCUUUGAUUUGUUCAAUUGUUUGCUUGCCUGAUCUUCUCUGGUAUUGUCUUUUCUUUGGCAGUUUGUAAAUUUUGUAAAAAUGCUGUAAACUCUGAGACAGGAUGUUUACUUGGCAAGUAGCUGUGACUCUUGCCUUUCUGGCAGCGUCCUGUUUCGCUGAAGUGAAAGAAGAUAACUCUGUGCCGUUGAGUUUUGUUGUGCAGAGGCAACCGGAAGUACCUAUUACUAUAGUCGCGAAGAAUCGAACAGAUGUUCAGGCCGAGAAAAAGGCGAUUAUAGAUUUCGCAAGUAGCGAAUUUACCGACAGUGGUGGCGGUGAUGAUCUGCUCGAGGAAGAUCAGUCUGAGUUGGCGUUAGAGAAGGAAGAGGCCGACUAUGACGACGAAGAGAUCGAAAACCAGAGCGUCGAAGAUGAUAACGACGUCGAGGACCUCAGCAGCGGAGAAAAACAAGAAUCGGUCGAUGAGGAGCUUUCAUUCGACGACGAUGAGUCGGGUGACAAUGCUUACGACGACUACGACCCCGACGAAGAUUCUGCCGCUGAUGAAGAUGACGCGAGCGACAGCGAUGCAAACUUCUCGGAAGCUGACGACGAGCAAAUCAUGAGCGACAUCAGCAACAUAAACGACUAUGGUAGUGACGAUGGCGAGAGUGAAAACUAUGGUGACCUCGAAUCUUCAGAUGACAAUGAUGCUGAUCUGACUGGAGAGGACGAUGGAGAGGGAGAGAAGGAAGAUGAAUCUACACAAGAAGAUCAAGAUGAGGGUGAAGAUGACAACGGUACUGCAACCGAAGAGUUUGGAAAUAUUGAAGGCGAUGACACUGCUCCCGAAGAAGAUAACAAGGGUGAUGUCGCAGAUGAUGAUGGCGAAGAAUUUUCGGUUGACGCCGAGAAUGAUGCCGAGAAUGAUUUAACGGGGCAAGACGAAGAGGGAGGAGACGAACAGGGAAGUGACGAGAAUACAGAUAACGAAAACACAGGUGAAGUUGCUGAUGGAAACGAAAGUAGUGGUGAUGAGAAUAGCAACACAGAUAACGAAAGCACCGGUGAAGUUGCUGAUGGAAACGAAAAUAGUGGCGAUGAAAAUGGCAAUACAGAUGACAACAACACAGGUGAAAUUGCUGGUGGAAACGAAAGUGGUGGUGAUGAGAAUAGCAACACAGAUAACGACAACACAGGUGAAGUUGCUGGUGGAAAUGAAAGUGGUGGUGAUGAGAAUAGCAACACAGAUAACGACAACACAGGUGAAAUUGCUGGUGGAAACGAAAGUGGUGGUGAUGAGAAUAGCAACACAGAUAACGACAACACAGGUGAAAUUGCCGGUGGAAACGAAAGUGGUGGUGAUGAGAAUAGCAACACAGAUAACGACAAUACAGGUGAAGUUGCUGGUGGAAAUGAAAGUGCCGGUGAUCAGACCCCUGGAAAUGCUGAUGAAAGUACUGGUGAAACUAGCAGUACAGAUGGAGAUGGUAGUCAAGGAGCUGGUAGUACUGGAGGUACUGAUGCUGCAGGAUCUGAAACACAAGCAGAAACUAGAAGCAAAGUUGGCAGCACAUCUGCAUCAAUGCCAGGAUCGGCAGCUUUGCACGCACCAUCAAAUUUAACCAUGGCUGUAACUGGUCAAAUUCGAGGCAAUAUACCAGAUUCAGAUGAGUCGCCAUCUAACGAAGCGGCUCCAACGCCCCAGACACUGCUCGAUGAUUCUGAUACAGACAAGAAAGAAUCAACAAUCACAGCUAGAGAUGGUACUCAAACUGGAGAUGGCACUGCAGCAAACGAAAAUGGAGAUGAAAAUGCCGAUGUUGAUAAUCAAGAGGGAGGUGAAGGUGAAUCAAACGAAAACGGAGAUGAAAAUGCCGAUGUUGAUAAUCAAGAGGGAGGUGAAGGUGAAUCAAACGAAAACGGAGAUGAAAAUGCCGAUGUUGAUAAUCAAGAGGAAGGUGAAGGUGAAUCAAACGAAAACGGAGAUGAAAAUGCCGAUGUUGAUAAUCAAGAGGGAGGUGAAGGUGAAUCAAACGAAAACGGAGAUGAAAAUACCGAUGUUGAUAAUCAAGAGGGAGGUGAAGGUGAAUCAAACGAAAACGGAGAUGAAAAUGCCGAUGUUGAUAAUCAAGAGGGAGGUGAAGGUGAAUCAAACGAAAACGGAGAUGAAAAUGCCGGUGUUGAUAAUCAAGAGGGAGGUGAAGGUGAAUCAAACGAAAACGGAGAUGAAAAUGCCGAUGUUGAUAAUCAAGAGGGAGGUGAAGGUGAAUCAAACGAAAACGGAGAUGAAAAUGCCGAUGUUGAUAAUCAAGAGGGAGGUGAAGGUGAAUCAAACGAAAACGGAGAUGAAAAUACCGCAGAGACUAAUGAAUUCUCCGAGGGUGAAGAAGAUUUGGCUAGUGAGGAGGAUCCUGAAGAGACUGAAGAUAGCAAUGAAGAUGAAGACUCUAAUGACGUGACAGAUGAAAGCCAACAAGUAACUUAUAGUGAUGGUUCUGCUUUUGAAGAUGACGGCAAAGAAGCUGAUGAUAAUGAAGAAUCCGAUGCAAUGGAAGAUAAUGUUGCAGAAGAGGAGAAAGAAUCUUCUACUGAUGACUUUUCCGAUGAAGAAGAAGUUGAGGCCAGAGAACUUACAGAUCCUCAAGAGUUCUUUGAUAAUGAGGAAGAUGAAGAUGAUGACGAAGAAGUCUCUAUUAGUGAAUGUGAACCACAAGAGGCAGAGGUCAGAACAUUCCGUGGUAUGGUGACUGGUGAAAACAAUAAGAGAUGGGGAAUUUUCAAAAAACUAGCCAAGGGUGCCUGGAAUGCUGUGAAAAAUAUUUUCAGAGGAAGAAGGAAACCACCUCCCAAAAAGAUACAAAAGGCAAUAGAGCAAGCGAAACUGACAGGAAAAGCACCAAAACUUCCAAUGGUGCUAGCGAAGCCUCCAGUAAAGACUUCCAAGUAUUCACAAUGGCAUACGAAAUUGCUGGCAUGGAAUUGGAAGCAAUUUGUCAAAGGUUAUAAGUACGAAGUUGCAUCUGGGCAGGCGCAUGCUGCCUUUUUGGUCGAUGCCUCCAUUCGCACACACAUGCCUAUAACCCAACGCAUGGUAUACAACCUGGCCAGAACUUUCUCUUUGGGGGAUACAUAUUAUACACUUGCCUCCUUUGGUAAAGGAUACAAUCAGGUAACUGCUUUCAAGAAGAUGUCAAAUGAACAGGAUUUGCAGCGAAACGCCGCUCUUAUUAGAAUGGACCAAACAAAAAGCCGCCGGAUUGGAGAAGCAAUGGAAAAUGUCGUUAAGGUUUUUGCUGGCAACAAGGCUAAGGCUCCACAAGCAAAAAUGGUCCUGUUCUUGAUCGUGCGUGGUCGUACCUAUGGGUGCGUGUACAAGUUGCAGGCUGCAGCAAAGUCAUUGAAGGCACUCGGUGUGCGCGUCUAUGUUAUUGGUUUCGGCACCCGUCUUAUCCUUGAGGAGUUGACCAUGAUCACAACACCACCCAGAAUCUUCAGGGCGACCAAGUACGAGCACGUGGUUAUUGGUAGCAGCAGAAAACCUUCAAUUAUGAUUAGGAUCCAACACAGGCUGCAAAGAUGGCUGACAGGAGCUGGAGGCGUUUGGUAUCAUUCUGACUGGAAUUGGUAUAAAUACAUCAAAGGACUGAAAUAUGGAGGUUGUGGAAAAGCCAAUGUUGGUUUUCUUAUUGACACAUCCAGCGGUGCAACACGUAGCUUUUUGCAGAAAAUGGUCUUCAACUACAUAAGAUUAUUCCAGCUUCAAGGCACCUAUGUCUCCAUUUAUGCAUAUGGCGCAAACCAGCAAAGAAUUACAAACUGGAAGUCUUUUGCCAGUCCGCAAGAAAUCCAGGCUGUAAUAAACUCCAUUCCAAUAAUAAGAGGAUCGUCAAGGAAAACAGGACAGGCUAUGGUUGAAGUAUACAAACAGUUUAUCGUUCAGAUGGGAAGAAACAAAAAUCCAAAUGUUCUCUUCGUCAUCAUGGUUGGCAAGGCAACUGACUCUGACAUUUUACCUGCAAUUGGUGCCAAAUUCAAGGCAAAGAACAUUAAGGUUUGGGGCUAUGGAAUCAACCCAAAAGCAAACACAUUCAAAGAUGACCUCCAGAAGAUUGCUACCAGUCCUGGAUAUGUUGUUUAUGGGCCCACAAAAUCAAUGGUUACCCCUGACAGAUUCAAGGCUAUUGAAAAUCUCAUUAAACAAGAUACUGGGUCUGGUGGUGCAGUCACUGUCAAUGUUGGUGACAGCACAAUUUUGAAUAUCCAGAAAACAUGGGAUUGGGCAAACAAGUACAAACCAAUCCAAUAUGGAGUGCUCAACAAAGCCAACAUUGCAUUCGUGAUUGAAGGAUUUUUCUUAAAGAACCUGAACUACAUCCGUCACAUGGUGUACAACAUCAUUCGAUUUUUCUCGCUCUCUGGCACAUACGUCAGCAUAAUUGACUUUGGAGACGCCCAGUACAGAGUCGGUAACUGGAUGAUGCUUAGGAAUGGUGCACAAGCUCGUCGUUUGGUUAACAGAAUACCCAAGUCAAAGAAGCGCUUUAGGAAGGUCGGUGCUGGAUUAAAAGCUGUCCUCCACACCUUUUCAGAUGCUCCUUCUGGAAAUCCAAACAUUGUUAUUCUCAUAACUAAGGGCAAGUCUACUGAUGACGUCAUUGGACCAGCUGCUAACCUACGUAAGCGAGGUAUUCUUACAUUUGCCAUUGGUUUGACUGGUUUCGACCCAAAAACUAAUCUCGGAGACAAAGGGUUCAAGCAAAAGGAGCUGUCACUCAUUGCUUUCUCAUCAUCUUUCAUCUUUGGCUGUAGACUUGAUGGGCUUGUUACUGCAAGCGGUGCUAUUUUCGAAGGCCUUACUAAAGUUGUUGGUAAAAGCUCUCCGAAUACUGGAUCAAGUGGCAAAAUUGAUGUUGAUUUCACCGACGUUGUUCAGAACUGGGACUGGAAAUCAUAUGACAUCAACCUGAUUUACAAUGGCCUCAAGCCAGCCAACAUUGUUUUCCUUAUCGAUGGUACCAACCGCAAUCAUUUCGACACUAUCCAAAGAACCGUAUACAAUCUCCACAGAUUGUUCCACCACACCUCUUCUGUUGCUUUCGUCACUUUUGGUGGUGCACUUGAUAACACAUUCGGAUCCUGGAAAGUCUACGAAGGAGUCAGUGUACUGUUAUCAGCCGCCAACGCUUUGCGAUACUAUGGCCCUGGAGGAAGAAGAAUCGGUCUUGCUCUUGAUGCUGCCGGAAAAUUAUUCCCUUCUGCACCUGAUAAAUCUGCAAAGAAGAUUGUUUUCGUCAUAACGACUGGGAAAUCGAGCGAUGAUCCCAAAGGGCCUGCUGCCAAACUGCGAGGAAUGGGUGUUACAAUUUAUGGCAUUGGUGCUGGGCCUGGUGCAAAGCCAAAUGACUUGAAGCCCAUCUCAAACCAAUUCAUUAGUGGAAAAUGGCAAGAUCUGCCAAAGAAUCUUGUAAAAAUCCAAGUGCUCAUCACAACAAUUGUCGGAAAGAACCCAGAGCACAAGGAUACGGGAGUUUUACCUCAGCCAACUGACAAGCCUAUCGUCGAACCACCAAUUCCUCCACCAUACGGACCAUUUAUCAGUUCAUCGAGCAGCAAGGAUAUCGAAAAGCUUAAAUCACUGUGGGACUGGAACCAGAUCAAGAAAGGAAUUGUCUACAACAGGCUGCGCAACACCGACGUUGUCUUCGUUGUUGACGAGACAGAUGAUACCAAUUUCGAACUUGUCCAGAAACUUAUUUACAACAUCAUCCGACUUUUCAAAAACGGUGUUGUGAAAACGACCAUUGUUGCUUUUGGUAACAGACCUCGUUUGGUCACAAAGGGGGCAACAUACACUAAAGUGAAGCAGAUUCAAGAUGCUGUAGUCAAGGUUCAACCACGUGCCAAUAAAAGACUGUAUGUCGGGAGAGCUCUGAACUACGUAAGAAGAAAUGUCCUGAAAACACUGGCAAAGAAUAACCCAAGGGUUGUCAUAACAAUACUGCAAGGAAGUUCAAGUGACAAUUUUAAAAGUCCAGUUUCUUUCCUGGGAGGAUCUGAUGUCAAGUUGCUGUCAAUCGGUAUUGGCGAUAUCAACAGAGGAGAAAUCACUUCUCUUGCAUCCACCGGUGACUGGGCAAUGCAGUCCCCAUGCUCAAAAUUGCCAGCCAUCGUUCUAAGAAUUCAGUUUGUGCUGACCAUGGUUUCAAAUGGUCCACCAUCGGACGGAAAGGUAACACCGGACAACGCCGGAAACGGUGGCAAGGAUGUUAAGGACACGACAACAACAAGCAGCGUUCCGGAUGAAUCUUCUGGAAAACCUGACGCCGGAACACCAGGAGGUCCAAAGAAGCCUGGUACAGGGGAAGGAGGCAAGGGUGGAGCUACUGGUGACGGUGCCAGGAGUGAUGGUGGCACUGAUGUUGCAGCUGGAGGUGGAGCAACUGGAACAAAUGUAGACCCAGUUCCACCACCGAAACCACCAAUCAAACCACGACCUCCUAAGCCAACUCCAAAUGCUGGCGGACCAGGAGCACCUGAGAGCAAGGAGAAUGAAAAGCCAAAAAUAGAGACACCAGGAGGUCAACCAGGAGUACCAGGUGGUGCACCAGGAACUCCAGGAGGUGCGUCAGGUACACCAGGAACACCAGGUGGUUCACCAGGAACUCCAGGAGGAACACCAGGAACUCCAGGCGGAAAGCCAAUAGCUCCAGGCGGAAAACCAGGGGGAGGUGGAGGAACGCCAGGUACACCUGGAACACCAGGAGGUGCACCAGGAACACCAGGUGGUUCACCAGGAACACCAGGUGGCUCACCAGGAACACCAGGCACCCCAGGUGGUGCACCAGGAACCCCAGGAACCCCAAGUGCUCCUAGUGGUGUUGGCGAUAAAGAGAAAGAUAAGGGUGGUGACAAAGUUUCUAAAAAUCAAGGUGUCAAUCCAGCCGGUGGAACGUCGAACAAAGAUACUGAAAAUGAAGGGACAAAUACUGGUCCAAUUACACCAAUCUCACCUAGUGACGACGAUGAUAAGGACGAUCACGUUCACGGUGGAAUUCAGGUUAUGAACAUCACACCUGAACUUCUGAAAAAACUUACAACUCAAUGGAAUUGGGAGAAGGCCAUCAACUGUUUUGGAUACGGAACUGUUUUGCCAUCAAAAGUUGGCUUUAUUGUCGAUGGAAGCACAGCAGCAAACUUUGAGCUCAUCAAACGAUUCGUUUUCAACAUUGCCAGAAUGUUCCGCCUGGAAGGUAGCAAGUUCAGCAUUGUUCAAUUUGGAAAAAACCCAACUAAAGUCGUUAUUCAAGACAAAGAGAUUUUCUGCGGAAGCCAACUCAUGAGAGAUAUAGAGCAAAUGAGACCAAACCCUACUGGAACCAACGUCAUGAGUGCCAUUAACUGGUAUAACAAAAUAUUCCGAACACGGGAGGCCUCAAAAAGAGCUCUGUUUAUCGUUACACAGACGAAGUUCUCUGACAAUAUAAAUACGCUCAAGGCUGCGGUUAGAAGAAUACAAGGCAUGGGUGUCCGUGUUUUCUCCAUUGGGUUAGGUGAUAAAGUGGACAAGGCACAGAUCAACAACCUCGUUAACAAUCAGAAGGAUUUCAGCUUGAUUGAGCCAAUAUCACACUUCCCGAUUGCACUUAUGUCCCUGCAGUUCGCUCUUUUGAGACAUAUCGGGCCUGGUAGCAAAUUGGGUACCCAUAUGUACAAACAAGCUGGAAUCCCAGGAGAAAAGAAGCCAAAUGUGAAACCUGAUGAAAGCAAAGGAAUCGUUCUGAAGAUCCAGAUCAAGUCCCAAGGGUGCGACGAUCCUCCCAAAGGAAAUUGCGGUCACAACUCAGGCUCAAUCAAAGUCAACGGUCGUGAACGUAGCGUCAAUAGGCGAGGUCUCAAUGUUGUCGUUAUCGACUUCAAGACCGGCAAGUUCGUCGCUUCCAGGAAUUUUGACACGUUAGCCAGCCGAGGCAAUGUUGAUCGAUUUGUUUCCUUUGUUGACAAAAUCAAGCCAAACAGCCUCGUACUUAUAGCCGCCAAAGAUGAAUACACCAGGUCCAUGUACAACAGAGGCUAUUCUGCCAUGUAUUCGGUCGGUGGUCAGGAACCUUUCGUCAAGAAGUAUCGAGCUUCGUAUGCCCUUAUUGGCUUCAAAGGCCGAGGAAGACAACCAUGGACCGUUCAAAAGUCACUCCCUCCAGGCAGAGGCCCAUCUAUUAUCAAUGCCCAGCUGCUCAUCCGCAAGGUCAAAGAUGAGCCAUUGAAACCUGCAAGUGAAAUGGCGGUGGUUAUUUGCGAAGGGCGUACUGGCAAACUGAAUUGUCCUGCUGGAAGACUUAUCACCAUCACAUAUGCAAACUACGGACGAUUGAAUCGAGAUCAGUGCAAGAGCUCCUCCAUGAGGAAAACUAACUGUAGGGCUGGCGCCUCGAUGAACAUUGUUCGGAGGGCGUGCGAAGGCAAACCAAAGUGCUCGUUGAGUGCCACCAACGGUGUAUUUAAAGACCCGUGCCACGGCACAUACAAAUACCUUGAAGUUAAAUAUGUCUGCCGUGGAGCCAAAGUGCCAGCUCCAGCGCGACGUCCACCAUUGAAGAUUGACUUGGUCGCUGUUGGCUGCAACGAUCCACCCGCAAGAGGUCGCUGUGGAGCAUCAUAUGGAUCAAUUAAAAUUAACGGCGUAGAAAAGAGUACGAACGGACGGGGAAUGAACUUGGUUGCGCUGACGUAUCCCGAAGGGAAAUACUUCAGCCGCGCGAACUUUGAUGUUUACGGUGACGGCGGUGCGGCAGUCAGAAUGCUCAAGUGGGUACAAGCAUUGAACAACAAGAUCGUUGUUAUUGCUUCCAGAGAUGCUAUUGACUCAGGCAACUUCAAGAAGCCAGCUCUUGAUGCAUUGAAAAUUCUUGGCAACAAAGUCAAUCCUAAACUUGGAGUUAGAACCUCCUUUGCUAUGAUUGGCUACAAAGGCGCUGGAAAGUUCAGUUGGAUCCAAUCCAUUGCCAAGAGACCAGGAACCGGGCCUACUGCCAUUUCAACUUCGAUCAAUCUCCCAACAAAGGUUAUCAUGCCUGCCAUUCCUCAAGCUGCACAGCCAAGAUACACAGGUAACAUUGCGAGAGGAAAGCCUACUGCACAGUCCAGCACUCACGCAGGCGGAUUGUCAAAGCGUGCUGUCGAUGGUAACAAAAACCCUCAAUGGAAUGGAAGGUCUUGCACCCAUACGCAAAGACAGAUGUACCCAUGGUGGCGCGUCGACCUCAAACGAUUCUACCUUGUUGGAAAAGUCCAGCUGACGAAUCGUGGAGACUGCUGCGGCAAUAGACUGAGGAAUUUCGAAAUUAGGGUUGGAAACAGGGACCGUGUGCCAAAGGCUAAUGGAAUGUGUACAAGGUACGGUAAAGCCAUGAAGCAAGGACAGACCAGACAGUUCCCUUGCUCCAGAAUGAUCAAAGGCCGUUAUGUUUUCGUUGUCUUGAAUGUGAACGAAUACCUGACGUUGUGUGAGGUUGAGGUCUAUGCUGUUGCAGGUGCACCCUCAACUCCAGCACCCCCUCCAGUGAGAUACACCGGAAACUUGGCACGAGGAAAGCCAACAGCACAAUCUAGUACCUACCCAGGAGGACAGCCAAGCAAGGCUGUUGAUGGUAAUAAGAACCCGAACUGGAAUGGAAGAUCUUGUACUCAUACUCAGUUACAGCAAGGUGCUUGGUGGAGAGUAGAUCUUGGUAAACAGUACAGCGUUGGCAAGGUCACACUUACCAACAGAGGCGAUGCUGCCUGGACUAGAUUGUCCAAUUUCGACGUCCGAGUUGGAAAUGUUGACAAGAAGCCCAAGGCUAACAGGCUCUGUGACCGCGUCCGGGGUACAAUGCAGAAAGGUGAAACACGUGACAUCUUAUGCGUGCAGCCUGUCAGAGGACAUCUCGUUUUCGUGGUACUGAAUGGAAGGAGCUUUCUCACACUUUGUGAAGUUGAUGUCAUGGCAAUAAAAGGUGCCAAGAUAAUACCAAAGCCACCUUCUCUUUACACUGGAAACAUUGCACGUGGAAAACCAACAAUGCAGUCAUCGGACGGCUUUGGAGGAGUAUCUUCAAGGGCUGUUGAUGGAAACGCAAACCCUAGAUGGAGUGGACGAUCUUGUACGCACACACAACGUAACCGUCAACCAUGGUGGCGUGUUGAUCUGCAAAUGAUGUACCCUAUCGCCAAAGUAAAGAUUACUAACCGGGUUGCUGCUUGGAAGCGUCUAAGAAACUUUGAAGUCAGAGUUGGAAAUGUUGAUCAGAACCCUUCAGCCAACGAUUUAUGCGUACGCGUCCCUUCAGAACUCGGCAAAGGUGAAACCAGGGAAUUGGCUUGUACAAAACCCAAGUACGGAAGAUUCGUUUUUGUCAUGUUGAAGAACUUUGAUUUCCUCACACUUUGCGAAGUUCAGGUUAUGGCAGUGGCAGCUAAGCCUGCUAAACCAACCAAAAAGGCACCGCCACUCACAGGAAAUCUUGCAAAAGGCAAGAACGCAAAGCAGUCUUCGACAGGAGCUGGUGGUGAUGCAAAGAGAGCUGUGGAUGGGAAUAAAAACUCGAAUUACCGUGCGAAAUCGUGUACUCAUACGAAUCGCAACAAUCAGGCAUGGUGGAGAGUUGAUUUGGCAAGUACACAGAAAAUCGGAAAGGUCAGGGUUACAAACAGAGGCGAUUGCUGCGAUGACCGAUUGAAGAAUUUCGAUAUUCGAGUUGGAAAUACAGAUAAUAACCCGAAAGCAAAUGGACUGUGCACAACAUUCCCAGGGGCUGUCGGCAAAGGCAAAACAAUAGAUCUCUAUUGCACAAAAGAAGUUUCCGGUCGAUACGUUUUCGUUAUGUUGCGUGGCAACGAUUGGUUGACUCUCUGCGAGGUUGAAGUUUUUGGGAUCAAAGGAGCUGGAAAGCCAUUGCCAAAACCUCCACCAGUCAAAGGAUUUAAGUACGGAGGAAAUGUUGCAGUGCGAAAGCCCUCAAUGCAGUCAUCCACCGGACCAUGGGGUGGGGUUGCCUCAAGGGGCAAUGAUGGAAAUGCAAAUCCAAACUGGAAUGGAAAGACAUGCACAGCUACCAACAAACAGUCUAACCCUUGGUGGCGUGUUGAUCUGCAGAAGAGUUUUAUGGUUGGAAAAGUCAAGAUAACGAAUAGAAAUGAUUGCUGCUGGAACCGACUUAGGCGUGUGCAAGUUCGAGUAGGAAACAACGGUGCAGGACCUGAUCGCAACCCAUUAUGUGCAAACGCACCUGGUGCAUUUGGCCGAGGAGAGACCAGAGAUCUUGUUUGCUCAAGACCUUUAAGGGGACGUUACGUGUAUGUUACUCUGAAGACAAACGAGAUCUUGACUGUCUGUGAGGUGAAGGUGUUCCCAAUUCAAGGCGCAGUUGUGAAUGACGUGAAAAGAUUGACAGGCAAUAUUGCCAAAGGCAGACCGACCAAGCAGUCAUCGACUGGCUUUGGAGGCCCUUCUGGAAAAGCUGUUGACGGCAACAGGAACACUAAUUACGGCGGAAAAUCGUGCACUCACACACACCGAGAUGCUAAACCAUGGUGGCGUGUGGAUCUAGGUUCAAGACAAGUGGUUAAGAAAGUAUCCCUCACAAAUCGAGGCGAUUGCUGUCAAAAUCGUCUUCAGAAAAUUGAGAUCAGAGUUGGAGACAAAGACGACAACCCAAGUGCAAAUGCACUAUGCCGCUAUAUUCCUGGACCUCUUGGCCGUGGCGAGACACGACAAAUCGACUGCGCACCUGCACGACGGGGGAGAUUUGUCUAUGUUGCUUUGCGAAUCAGAGAAUGGUUGACUCUUUGCGAAGUAGAAGUUUUCGCUGAAAGAGGAACUGCACUGCCAUUACCUCCUCCUCCUAAGCUCACAGGAAACAUUGCGCGCGGACGACCAACAUCGCAGUCUUCUACCGGCUUCGGUGGAGUUUCCUCCAGAGCUGUUGACGGCAACCGAAAUGGUCAAUGGGGAGGUGGAUCGUGCACACACACGAACCGUAACAAUAAACCUUGGUGGCGAGUUGAUUUGGGAAGUGAACAGAAAAUCUACAAAGUCAGGCUCACGAACAGAGCCGAUUGCUGUUGGAAUAGGCUACGUUCCAUUGAGAUCAGAGUUGGCAACAACCCUACACCUCUCAGCAAUCCAGUCUGUGCCAACCACGACAGAGCCUUAGGCAGAGGAGAAACGAAGUUCAUUCAAUGCAGAUCGCCUCAAUCAGGCAGAUACGUUGUUGUCAAUCUGAAGGUUACUGAAUGGCUAACGCUAUGCGAGGUCGAAGUUUAUGCUCUCAAAGGCGCUGGAAAACCAAUUCCAAAGCCUCCACCACUUACAGGGAACAUCGCUAAAGGAAAGCCAAGUGCCCAGUCUUCCACUGGACCAUGGGGUGGGGUUGCAACCAGAGGUAACGAUGGAAACUCAAAUCCACAAUGGAAUGGAAAUUCUUGUACUGCAACCAAUAAACAACCCAAUCCAUGGUGGCGCGUUGAUCUGGUUAACUCAUUCGUUGUGCACAAAGUGAGAAUAGCAAACAGGCAAGAUUGUUGCUGGAACAGACUGAGGGCAGUUGAUGUUCGCGUCGGGAACAACGCUGCAAAUCCUAAUGGAAAUGCAAGAUGUGCAUACCAUCCAGGAAAUUUCGGAAGAGGCGAGAAGAAAAUGCUUCCUUGUGUUAAGGCUCUUCGUGGCAAAUACGUGUUUGUUACUUUGAAAACAAAUGAAAUUUUGACCGUGUGCGAAGUAGAAGUGUUCGCUGCGAGAGGCUCAAUGAAAAUUAUCCCAAACAAAUACACAGGAAACAUCGCUCGAGGCAAACCAACUAAGCAAUCGUCAACUGGCUUUGGUGGUGUAGCCUCAAGGGCUGUUGAUGGAAACAAAAACCCACACUGGAGUGGCGCAUCAUGUACACACACAAACCGAGAUAGAAAGCCCUGGUGGAGAGUUGACUUGCAAGCGCAGCAACAGGUUGCCAAAGUAAAACUCACAAACCGAGGUGAUUGCUGUGGAAACAGACUGAGGCAAAUUGAGAUUAGAGUUGGAAAUAUCGAUAAUAACCCAGCUGCUAAUACACUUUGCUUGUUCUACGGUGGUGCCAUUCCACAAGGACAAACCAAGGAAUUGGCUUGCACUUCACCAAAAGCAGGAAGAUAUGUCUAUGUUACUUUGAGAGUCCAGGAAUGGCUUACUCUCUGUGAAGUUGAAGUGUUUGCUCUGAAAGGAGGUGCAACACCAGUGCCAAAACCCCCACCAUUAACAGGAAACGUUGCUCGCGGAAAGCCAACGAAACAGUCAACAACUGCAGCUGGUGGCGUUGCAUCAAGGGCUGUAGAUGGAAAUCGAAAUGGUCAAUGGAGGGCCUCUACUUGCACCCACACAGCAAACCAGAACAGGCCAUGGUGGAGAGUGGACUUGGGCGUGCAACAAUUGGUUUAUAAGGUUUCGCUUUCUAACAGAGCAGAUUGCUGCUGGAACAGGCUCAGACAGGUCGAGAUCAGAGUAGGAAACGUUGACAAUAAUCCAGCGGCAAAUGCUUUAUGCUCGUACUACCCUGGUGCUUUAGGCAAGGGACAAACAAUGGAACUCACUUGCUCCGCACCCAAACGCGGCAGAUAUCUUUACGUCACCAUCCGAAUCAGAGGACCCCUGACCCUGUGCGAGGUUGAGGUCUAUGCAGUGCGCGGAGGUUCAAAACCAGCAAAACAAGCCCAACCAAUGACUGGAAAUGUUGCCAGAGGAAAACCAACCAAGCAAUCUUCUACUGGAUAUGGAGGUUUAUCGCCAAGAGCUGUGGACGGGAACAAAAAUGCCAACUGGGGCGGACGAUCUUGCACUGCUACAAACAGGCAAGAUAAGCCAUGGUGGAGAGUUGACCUUCAAGGGUACCAAAAGGUGCUCAAAGUUUCCAUCACAAAUAGACAAGACUGUUGUUGGAACAGAUUACGACAGGUCGAGGUUCGAGUAGGAAACACCGAUAAUAAUCCGUUAUCAAAUGCGCUAUGUGCCUUCUACGCUGGAGCAGUUGGAAGAGGACAGACCAAAUCACUGACUUGCUCGUCACCUAAGACAGGACGCUUUGUGUUCGUUGCCCUAAGAGUCAAGGAGAUCCUCACUCUUUGCGAAGUCGAAGUGUUUGCAGCCAGAGGAGGUUUCAAGCCAAUAAAACCACAAGCAAGCGCACCAACAUUGACUGGAAACAUCGCUCGAGGCAAACCAACAAGGCAGUCUUCAACUGGCUUCGGUGGUGUAGCUUCAAGGGCUGUUGAUGGAAACAAGAACUCACAAUGGGGAGGGGCAUCAUGUACCCACACUAACCGAGAUAAAAAGCCCUGGUGGAGAGUUGAUUUGCAGAGCAAUCAGCUGGUAAAGAAAGUUUCUGUCACAAACAGAGGUGAUUGCUGCGGCAACAGACUGAGAAAUAUCGAUAUUCGAGUUGGAAAUGUUGACAACAAUCCCAAUGCAAAUCCUCUCUGUGCCUAUUUUGGUCGGGCUGUUGGCCAAGGGGCAACACAAGCCAUAACGUGUUCAACACCAAGAAGAGGAAGAUUUGUGUUCGUUGCACUGAGGGUUCAGGAAUGGCUAACCUUGUGCGAAGUGGAAGUUUUUGCUGCCAGAGGAAAGGGAAAACCAGUUCCGCCAGAACCACCAAUGACAGGAAACAUUGCUCGAGGCAAACCAACCAAGCAAUCUUCAACUGGCUUCGGUGGUGUAGCCUCAAGGGCUGUUGAUGGAAACAAGAACCCACAAUGGGGAGGGGCAUCAUGUACCCACACUAACCGAGAUAAAAAGCCCUGGUGGAGAGUUGAUUUGAAAUCCAUUCAGAAAGUUGCUAAAGUGAAGCUUACAAACAGAGGUGAUUGUUGUGGAAACAGGCUGAGGCAAAUUGAGAUCAGAGUCGGAAUGGCCGACAACAACCCGAAUGCUAAUCAAUUAUGCACAUUCUUCCCUGGUGCAAUCGGCCAGGGUCAAACACAAGAACUUUCUUGUACACCACCCAAGCAAGGUCGCUAUGUGUUUGUCGCUCUGAGGGUGCAAGAAUGGCUCACUCUGUGUGAGGUUGAAGUAUUCGCUAUUCGAGGAGGUGGAAAAGCGCUGCCUCCUCCUCCCCCACUCACAGGUAAUAUUGCGAGAGGCAAACCCACAAAACAGUCUUCUACAGGAUUCGGCGGUGUAGCCUCAAGAGCUGUAGACGGCAACAGAAAUUCGCAAUGGGGUGGUAGAUCAUGCACUCAUACAAACCGUGACAGGAAACCAUGGUGGAGAGUCGAUCUUGGAUCUCAACAACAGGUCUACAAGGUCAGGCUUACAACCCGAGGUGACUGCUGCUGGAACAGACUCAGGCAGAUUGAAAUUAAAGUUGGAAAUGUUGACAAUAACCCAAAUGCUAAUCCAUUGUGUGCUUUCCACCCAGCUGGUUUCACCAAAGGUCAAACAAAGGAUAUUCAAUGCUCAUCUCCAAAGAUUGGAAAGUUUGUUUAUGUUGCGUUGAGGGUUCAAGAAUGGCUUACUCUUUGUGAAGCUGAAGUUUUCGCUGUCAAAUCAAACGCUCCCGUAUUGCCAUCUGGAGUGUUGCCUGCGCAAUGGACUAUUGGCGAUGGCAGUGGCGGCAGUGAGGAGAAGAUCGGUACCUUCGCAAACAAGGAAAUCUGUUAUGCCAAAUGCAGCGUGAGAAAGAGAAACGGUCAACUGGCUAAUGGAGUCACUGUUGAUAGCAAGACACAAAAGGUCUGUUAUUGUGAAUACGGCAUGAAAGCGAGGAACAAAAACAAGUCAUGGAGGAGCACAUUUAUCAAACGAGCUCAACCUAAGCCGAAAUCUUCUCCAAUUGGCACAUUUGGUGGAAAUGCUGGUGGUGCCAAAUGUGUUUUCCCAUUCAGAUACAAAGGAAAGAUGUACAGCGCAUGCACCAAGGUCAAUCACAAUAAACCAUGGUGCGCAACUACAGCAAAUUACGACAAAGACAGAAAGUGGGGCAAUUGCAAGACAAUAGCACCACUCCCAGCUCCCAAGUUCCCAGAUGGAGUUGGACCACCACAAUGGACCAGAGGUGAUGGAUCAGGUGGCAGCGAGGAGAAGAUUGGUGUCUUUGCAAACAAGGAAGAGUGCUAUGCCAAAUGCAGCGGCAGGAAAAAGAACGGAAAGCUUGCUAAUGGAGUAACUGUUGAUACCAAAACUGGCAAGAAUUGCUACUGUGAAUAUGGAAUGAAAGGAAGAAACAGCGCCCAACAUUGGACCAGCACGUUCAUUAAACGAAUCCCAGGUGCAUCUACGGCUGGCGUCAAGAAGCCUCCAAAACUAAGUGGUAAUGUUGCACGUGGUAAACCAACUCGCCAAUCAUCAACCGGCUUUGGUGGUGUAUCCUCAAGGGCUGUUGAUGGAAACAGGAAUUCUCAGUGGGGUGGAGGCUCAUGUACCCACACAAAUCGGGACAGUAACCCAUGGUGGAGAGUUGAUUUGGGCAGUCCAAAGCAAGUAAAGAAAGUUCAGUUGACCAACAGAGGUGAUUGCUGUGGCAAUAGACUUCGACAGAUUGAAAUUCGUAUCGGAAAUGUUGAUGGCAACCCAAAUGCAAACGCUUUGUGUGUCUUUCAUGCUCCUGCUUUCGGAAAGGGCCAAACAAAAGCCUUAAUCUGUCCACAACCAAAGACUGGCCGUUUUGUCUAUGUCAAACUGAGAGUCCGUGAAUGGCUGACUCUAUGUGAAGUCGAGGUUUAUGUUCUUCAAGGUGGAGCAUCACCUGCAAGUUGGACUGUUGGUGACGGAGUUGGAGGCGCAGAGCAGAGAAUAGGAAGCUUUGCAAAUAAGGAGAUCUGCUAUAAGCAAUGUCUGAAUCGAAGAUACAAAGGACAGCUUGCUAACGGAGCAACUGUUGAUAGCAAAACGCACAAGAGCUGCUUUUGCGAAUUCGGCAUGAAAAGCAGGAACAGAAACACCAACUGGGUUAGCACUUUCAUCAACAGAGGAGGAGCCAAACCAAUAAAAAUGACAGGAAACAUUGCACGAGGACGACCAACUAAACAGUCUUCAACGGCCGCCGGCGGUGCAGCAAGCCGGGCUGUGGAUGGUAAUAAGAACAGCCAAUGGAAUGGCCGAUCAUGUACCCACACUUCCAGACAGGGAACUCCUUGGUGGAGGGUUGAUCUUGGAAACCCCAAAUAUAAGGUACGCAAAGUGCGACUCACCAACAGAGGUGAUUGUUGUGGCAACAGGUUGAGAAACAUCGACAUCAGAGUUGGGAAUCUUGAUAACAACCCAAUGGGGAACCCACGCUGUGCAUAUCGUGUGCCCGCAAUUGGACAAGGGAAGACAGCCGAAAUCGCCUGCUCCAAACCAAUGCAAGGUCGCUAUGUGUACGUCGCUUUGAGGGUAACAGAAUACCUCACCCUCUGUGAAGUGGAGGUCUUUGCACAGACUGGAGGAAAACGUGGGGAAAUAGAGAUGCCAAUAUUCGAAGAUGAUGAUAUUGAUGAUAGUGAUGACUGGGAUGACGACGAGUUCCACAGUGAGAUAUGCUCCGUUAACAUUUAAAAACUGUUCUUCAUUUUCAUAGAAAAUUUAGAUUACGAAGAAUGUCAAUUAUAUAGUAGGAGUCUACAUUCAGAUUUGUUUCAUAUUGUCUAAUGCACUUUAUGAGACUAGUGUUUCAUUUUAGGUGUAAGGCAAAUUUUGAUUCGAACUGAGUCGUUUAAUUAUAUGUACCAAUUUACAUUUAGAAUAUAUAUAUAAAUAUAUGUAGAAAUUAUUGUUAGCUUGUUUUUUUGAGCGUGUGUAAAAGAUGCAUUAACGAUCAGCUUUUGAUCCUUCGAAAAUAAAUCCUUAAAAGUGAAUGUGAUAUUUAAGAAAAAUGAUAAGGCUAAGAUCACACACCAGCCAAAUCGAAUUCUUCAAGGCGUCUUUGUAAUUUGCAUAUUAAUUUGUCACUAAAAGGGCGAGGCAGUAUAAGAUGUUAUCAGAUUUGAUUCUGGUAUGUUUUCUUCCGAAAGGUCAACAACACGGAAACUUGGCCAUGAGCCAUACGAGAAGGCCUUAUCCGUAGAGCGAUUGCCAUAAGAUUGCACUUCUCUAUUAGAUGUGCUGUUUUGCUCUGUUCUUAAUGGGCCUAAACAUGGUGCCUGCUCCUAGUCUUUUUGACUCGCAUUCAAUGCGUUUUGACUGAGCUGAAUGGAUGACUAACACCAGCAUUGUUUCGAAAAUUGCAUUAUUUUUCUCUUACGAGAUUCAGUGCCUUAGAGCAAUAUCGUUUGGUAUAUCGGCAACGUGAUCUUGUCCUUUCUAUUUCCAUAACACGUGACUUGUAAACCAGAAACUUAUACUACCAAUUUCAACAAUUAACUCAAAUGAUGUAUGAACCUUUUCGUGAUCGAGCAUCGAUUUAAUUAUA